UGUGGGACAGACACACACCAGAGCUGUGUCGGAGACGUUUUGAACCGAAAGAUGUGGUUUUAAAGCUCAAAUGAUUAAAAGCCACCAAGAUGAAGAGUGUUUUCAUCCUCACCGACAAAGCCUGGGAUGGUUCCAGCCUCCUGUAUAUGUGGCAGAAAACCCAUGGUAACUAUAUCGCUGUUGCAGGACAGGACAACUCAGUGAAAAUAUUUGAUCGACAUGGACACAAGUGGUCUGAACUCACCCUUCCUGGGCGCUGUGUUGGGAUGGACUGGGAUAAAGAUGGGGACAUUUUGGCAGUGAUAGCGGCAAAAUCUAGCUCCAUCUACCUCUGGGAUGCCAGUGUCAAUAAAACAUCCCAGAUAGAAAGCGGCAUGAGAGAUCAGAUGUCCUUCAUUUUAUGGUCAAAGACGGGCCCGUUGUUAGCAGUUGGGACAGUCAAAGGAAAUCUGUUGAUAUACAAUCAGCAGACCUCACGCAAGAUACCUGUACUAGGUAAACACACCAAGAAGAUCACUUGUGGGUGCUGGAGUGUUCAGAAUCUUCUGGCUCUGGGAAGUGAAGACAACACGCUCAGCAUCAGCAAUCAUGAGGGGGACACCGUCAGACAGACAACGCUUCGCGGUGAGCCGGCUGAGAUUAACUUUUCAGUGAUGAAGACAGAUGAAAGAUCUGGACAAGGAGAGAACACUGUGAGCUUGUCUGUGGACAAGAAGAUCCUGAUGCUCUUCAAUAUCAACGACCCUGAAAACCGGAUAGAGUUGACCUUCCAACGCCACUAUGGGCACAUUGUGUCCUAUCGCUGGUACGGGGAUGGAUAUAUACUGAUCGGCUUCUCCCUUGGGUACUUUGUGGUUAUUUCCACUCACAUCAGGGAGAUUGGGCAGGAGCUCUAUCAGGCUCAUAACCAUAACCAUAGCCUUAACAGUGUGGCCAUCUCGCCAGCAAUAAGCAAGGCUGCCUCCUGCGGGGACAACAGCAUAAAGAUCCACGAGUUGUCCGAGAUCAAAGAUAUCAGCAAUGUAGUUCAGCUGGAUGAUGAGACUAAAGGUCUGGACCAGCUGAACUGGACAGACGACGGCCAGCUGUUGGCUGUCUCCACACAGAAAGGGACGCUCCAUGUCUUCUUGACCAAGCUGCCCAUCCUGGGUGGCAGCUUUGGCACCCGGCUGGCCUACCUCACCUCCCUGCUGGAGGUCACAGUGUCCAACCAGGUGGAGGGGGAGAGUCCCGUGGCCAUACAGGUGGAAGUAGAGCCUACUUUCAUUGCGAUGGGACCGUACCACGUGGCUGUGGGAAUGAACAACAGAGCCUGGUUCUACGCCCUGGUGGACCCAGAACCUGGUUUUAAUAAGCUGAAAGACAUUGAGUAUUUGGGGACGAUAGCCAGCAUGUGCCUUAACGCAGACUACGCAGCAGCGCUGUUUGAGGGAAAAGUGCAGCUGCACAUGAUCGAAGGCAAAGACCAGGAGGAGAAGAAGCAGAUGAAGUUGUUUCCAGACGAUGAGAGGAAAGGUCGGAUCCUUUGCCACGCCCUCACCGCUGACUUACUCUACUACGGCACUGAUUCAGGUAAUGUGGUGUGCGUCUUGGUGGAGGACUGGGAGACUGUGAGUAGCUACAGCCACUCGGUCGGUGUGAGGAAAGUGUUCCCAGACCUGAAUGGCACACGGCUGGUUUUCAUCGACGACAAGAACGGUGGCUUCCUGCUCUCCCCUGCAAAUGCAACAGACACGUGCUUUGAGCUCCCCAACUUCUCACCCACCAUCACAGGGGUGCUGUGGGACAACUGGCAUGCUGACCGAGGAGUGUUUGUAGCUUAUGAUGACGACAAGGUCUAUACCUACGCCCUGCACAAAACCACCAUAUAUGGCCCCAGGGUGGUGUUGGUGGGGAGCACGGCCCUCCUCUUUUCCCAGAAGCCUUUGCUCUUGCACAACGGGGAGCUGACAUGUCAGACGGCGAGUGGCAAGACCAGUGAAGUUGCUCUGAGCACACACUCCUUCCUCAAGAACUCAAAAGAAACAGCGACGGUCCCACAGCCGGAGCUCGGCAAGCAGCUCGGCAAGCAGCUCGCCCAGGCGCUGAUGCUGAAGAGGUUCCAUGAAGCGAGUGGUCUGUGUAGGUCUGGGGGAAGUAACAAAGAUUGGGCAGAGGUCGGCAAAGCCUGUCUGGUCCACAUGGAGGUGGAACUGGCCAUCCAGGUCUACCGCAUGAGUUCCAAUGUGGGCAUGGUCCUGUCACUGCAGAGCAUCCAGGGUAUAGAGGACAUGAAUUUACGGGCAGGACAUUUAGCCAUGUUUCUAGGUGACUACAACCUGGCCCAGGACCUGUAUCUGUCCUCAGGAUGCCCAAUCGCUGCCCUGGAGAUGAGGAGAGACCUGUUGCAUUGGGACAGCGCUCUUAUGUUAGCCAAGAGGUUAGCAGAUGACCAAAUUCCUUUUAUAUCCAAAGAAUACGCCGUACAUCUGGAGUUUAUUGGGGACUAUGUGAAUGCUCUAGCACACUAUGAGAAAGGCAUGACCCAGAAUAAUAAAUUCCAGGAGCAUGACGAGGCGUGUAAAGCCGGUGUAGCCAGGAUGUCCAUCAGGAUGGGUGACAUCAGGAGAGGAGCCGCUCAGGCAAUUCAGCACCCAAGCAGAGUCCUCAAGAAGGAAUGUGGAGCCAUACUGGAGAGCAUGAAGCAAUUCUCCGAAGCCGCUCAGCUCUAUGAAAAAGGACAGUAUUAUGACAAGGCUGCAUCCGUCUACAUUCGUUGCAAGAACUGGGCAAAGGUGGGGGAGCUGCUCCCACAUGUGUCCUCCCCUAAGAUCCACCUGCAGUACGCCAAAGCCAAGGAGGCGGACGGCAAGUAUAAAGACGCUGCAGGGGCCUACGAGAGUGCGAAAGACUGGGACAACGUGAUACGCGUGCUGCUGGACCACCUGAACAACCCAGAGGAGGCUGUUCGCAUCGUCAGGGAGACACAGAGCAUCGACGGAGCAAAGAUGGUUGCCAGGUUCUUCCUGGGGUUGAGCGACUACGGUUCAGCCAUCCACUUCCUGGUGUUGUCUCAGUGCAACGACGAAGCUUUCCAACUGGCACAGCAGCACAGUCAAAUGGAGGUCUAUGCGGAUAUCAUUGGUCCUGAGGCGACGCAGGAGGACUACCAGAGCAUUGCUCUCUACUUUGAGGGAGAAAAGAAACACCUGCAGGCUGGAAAGUUCUUUCAGAAGUGUGGGCAGUACAGCAGAGCUCUAAAGCACUUCCUGAAGUGUCCCAACACUGAUGACAACCUGGCUGUAGAGAUGGCUAUAGAGACGGUGGGUCAGGCCAAGGACAGCUCUCUGACCAAUCAGCUGAUAGAUUACCUGAUGGGAGAGAGCGACGGUAUGCCCAAGGAUGCCAAGUACCUGUUCCGUCUGUAUAUGGCACUGCAGCAGUACAGGGAGGCUGCUCGCACCGCCAUCAUCAUCGCCAGAGAAGAGCAGUGUGCAGGGAACUACCGUAAUGCCCAUGACGUGCUGUUCAGCAUGUACACGGAGCUGCAGGCCCAGAAGAUUAAAAUCCCUGCUGAGAUGGCCACCAAUCUAAUGAUCCUCCACUCCUACCUACUGGUCAAGAUCCAUGUAAAGAGGGGAGACCACCUUAAAGGGGCACGAAUGCUCAUUCGUGUCAGCAACAACAUCAGCAAGUUUCCAGCUCAUGUUGUUCCUAUUCUGACGUCGGCGGUCAUUGAAUGUCACCGCGCCGGACUGAAGAACUCGGCCUUCAGCUUUGCUGCCAUGCUGAUGAGACCAGAGUACCGAAACGAGAUCGACCCAAAGUACAGGAAGAAGAUCGAGGCUAUGGUCCGACGUCCAGACACAUCGGAGCUGGAGGAAGAAACUACUCCAUGCCCCUUCUGUGGCUUUCAGCUGCCACAGAACGAACUGCUGUGCAACUCCUGCAAGAACAACCUGCCCUACUGCAUUUCCACGGGCCGUCAUAUGCUGAAAGAAGACUGGUCGCUGUGUCCUCAUUGUGAAUUUCCCGCGCUCUACUCUCAGUUCAUCCUGUUGCUGGAAACGGAGACGGUGUGUCCGAUGUGCUCUGAGACUCUGAGUGUCAAACAGAUAAAGAAGAUUCCUGAUUGUUCCAAAUACCUGCAGACUGAUGAACUGGAUCAAUGAAGAAAAAACAAGAAAUCAGAUGUAUAUAGAUGUCAUGUCUUUUUCUAUUUGUUUAAAUAUGUAAAAUAUAUAUUUUGGUGGCUUGUAAUAGCUUUUAGUUUUGUAUGAUGAGAAUAUUAGUGAAGUAAAUUAAUUCUAAAGAUGAUUGA